AUGGAGACCUUCACCAUCCACGACAUGCUGCUCAACAGCACGGACAUUUACAGACUGCUGUGCGGAAUCGCCUUCGGGAACUUCUCAGACUGUGAGAGCCCCAGCCCCACAGGCCACCCCGGCUUGACCCGAGAGCCUAAAGAUAUAAACCAGACAGUCCGCAUCAUCCUCUACAGCCUCAUCUUCCUCUUGGGUGUCCUGGGCAACAGUCUUAUUAUCACAGUGCUAGUACGGAACCGUCGCAUGCGUACAGUCACCAACCUCUUCCUGCUGUCUCUGGCAGUCAGUGACCUGAUGCUGUGUGUCUUCUGCAUGCCCUUCACCCUAAUCCCCAACCUGAUGGAGAACUUUGUCUUUGGCAGUGGCAUCUGUAAAACAGCCACAUACUUCAUGGGUAUAUCAGUAAGCGUAUCUACCUUCAACCUGGUGGCCAUCUCUCUGGAGCGUUACAGCGCUAUCUGCAAUCCGUUAACGUCCCGUACGUGGCAGACCAAGUCCCACGCUGCCAAGGUCAUCACCGCCACCUGGCUCUUCUCCUUCCUCCUCAUGCUGCCCUACCCCAUCUCCAGCAACCUGGUACCUUACCGCCGCAACAACAACACCACCGGCAACAUGUGCCGUCCAGACUGGCCCAGUGACAUCAUACAGCAGUCAUGGUAUGUGUUCCUUUUAUUGAUUCUCUUUUUGGUGCCGGGAAUUGUGAUGAUGACAGCUUACGGUCUCAUCUCUGUCGAGCUCUACAGAGGAAUCAAGUUUGAAAUGGCUAACAGGAGGUCAAACCGAGAUCGAGAGAGCAGCACUGGAAGCCUGAAGGCCACUGACGGUGAUGGCUGCUACCUUCAGCCCUCCAAAAAGAAGCGCUCUGAAACCGUGGAACAGCACCAAGCCCUGACGGUCACUUCCAGCAACCCCAAAACCAAGCUGAGUCGCGUCUGCAGCAACAGCCCCACAGCCAAUCUGAUGGCCAAGAAGAGGGUCAUCCGCAUGCUGCUGGUCAUUGUGGUUCUCUUCUUCCUUUGCUGGAUGCCGGUCUUUGUGGUCAACGCCUGGCGGGCCUUCGACAAGCGCAUGGCUGACCGGCUUUUGUCAGGGGCGCCCAUUUCUUUCAUCCACCUGCUGUCCUACACCUCAGCCUGCGUUAACCCCAUCAUCUACUGCUUCAUGAACAAAAGCUUCCGCCAGGGCAUGCUGGCCACCUUUACCUGCUGCACGUGUGAGCCAGACAGCGAGGGCAGGGGCAGCAGCCGCCUCAGCGGAGGAGGAGUGGGGCUCGGUGCUCUAGCGUGUGGAGGAGGCUUCAGGCAGGAAAGUGGAAACGCACACUCCAGUGGAACACUGACCAGACUAACGUACACCAGCGUACGUGGGUCUGCACAGGCAUAGGCCAGUGGAAGAGACAGGACGAAGAACGUACUGACUGUCGGUUCCUGAAUUGGUCAGCUUAGAGGAACCUCGUUCCCUGCAGCAUGCAGUACAGUGCAAAAGUCUUAGGUCACCUAAAUAAAUACAUUUAUCUGGGCAGCAAGCACUUAUUUGCUCGCAAAAACAUAAUAAAUUAGAAUAGAAAUUAGAAUAAAUAGAAAUAAACAGUAUGUAGUGCAUCUGUGUGCCAGCAUGUUAGCUUAGCUGUAUCAAAACGUCUCCUUGAGGCAACCCGGUAUUUACAUUCAGUACCUGUAUGGGCUAAACAGUACAGCACUGUGUUCAAAUCAGGAGUGCUGAUGGUAUAAACCCAUGCAAUAACUGGGAGUAGAGCUGCAUAAUAUGGACAAAAUAUAAUAUUUUGAUUAAAUUAGCCAUUUACUGUAAUUGCAGUCUGCUUUGCAGUAUAUUUAAACAUUGUUGGUCCAAUGGUUAACCAGUUGGUGAGUAGUACUUUUGGCCAAAAUGAUUUCCUUUUUUGGGCCUUGAUUUAUCAAGACAUCCACAGAAAUUCAUCUGUAAUAUCUAAUAUUAGUCAUAAUGCUCAUAGCACUUAGAUUUUUAAAGACUCAAACGCAUAUUAAACUGUACUGUGCAAAAGUCAGAGACCAAAGUUCAGUCUUAGAAGUUGGUUGCAUUCACUGCUUUUCACGAUCCAAGUAAACCAAACCCAUUUAGUGAUGUUGAGUUCUGGACUCUGGGAUGGCCAGUCCAUUAUUCUGAUGACACGAGAAGCUUUUUAGUUAGAUUAGAAUCGAUUAGAUUAAAAUAUUUUCUUUUUUUAUGAAAAAAUAAGUGAACAAUUUUCUCCUUUCUCUGAAAGAUGAAAGCUUUAAGUACUGUUUCUGAUUGGGAUCAUUUUAGUCCACCAAGUCUUGCGGUUAGGAGUUCCAUUUUAUCUUUUAAUGACUUUUUUAACUCCAGUUUUGGAAACUCCUGCUUUUUAACCUAAGUUUCCUUUGACAUUUCACUUCCUAAUGCAAAUGGGUUAUCUUAUAUCUAAUCUCCUCAGUAAUAUCUCCAGAAAAAUGAAUAACGUCAUGGAAAUUAAAUAAAUGAAGGUUGGUCUCUGGCAUUUGCACAGCACUGUAGAUUUCUGUGGUAUCAGCAGUAGCUGAGGUGAAUCAAGCUAAAGAGGAACCAAACCUUUGUCCUCUGCAUCUCACAAGAUACAAAUAAUAUUUUUGAAAACAAUACAUACUUGUUAUGUACCUAUUAAUGCUUUAUUUGUAUUAACCCUAAUGUUAUAUAGUGCUCUUCCGAGUAAAACACACUGGCUUCACAGAUAAAUACUUCUAAACAAUUUUCUUGGCUCGUCUUAGACUUUUACACAGUACUAUAUAUCCAAAGACUAUGACGUUCAAUCCAGGCAGCUCUACAGUGUUUGAAGACUUCCAGUAAGUUUGGACAUUGAACAUGGAUGUGAAUCUUCCUUCAAAACGGAGACCAGGCUGUUGACUGACGGCUGAAUAGCUAAGCAUGGUUGUACAGCUCGUGAUAAGUGAGACAGGCGUAAGUGCGCAUGCACCGGUUGGCAGGGACAUUGAAAGAUCGAUGCUAGACAGAGUCCAGUGUUUAACUUUGGGUGCAAAUCAUGGUCCAAUAAACACACGCAUCAAAUGGAGCAUGAUUGUGGAUGGCUUGAGAGGGUCUCGAGUCUGCAUUAGGGCACUGACUCAUACGGGACGCUUACAUAAGACAAAGGAGUUUAUGGACUGUCUCUGGCCCCGUCUGCAUCUUUCCAGUCGUGUGGCCCACCUCCAGUUCUCCGGCUAGAAACAAAUGCUUAUAGAAUAUACACUUUAACACAUUUGUUCAUACAUUUUCAGUGGACUAUAAUGAAUAUAUAGAAUGCAAAGUGACAGCCAAUCAACUUUUCCAAAUGUAGCUGAUUAGCAAAGAUUACCUGAGACAUGCUUCAGAGGUUUGCUUCUUUAGUUCAGCAGUUUUUCAGUAUUUUUCAUAUGCAAAAGUUUUCGUGACCUGGUCAAUUGACAUGCUUUGUUGAUUGAAAAUAAGUUAAAACAUCCUCUGCAGA